GCACUCACUGUCAAUGUUCAUACAAAAACGAAUAAUUUUGUGCGGAUGCCAGAGUAGUUGCUCACUACGCGAGUCUUUCUUGUGGUGUUUGGUGUAUUGUUUCUGCUACAUAUUUUAAAAACAGAAGUGGUGUAUUGUUCUAGUUGUGAUAUAAAAGAGAUAACAGAAAUAUGGCUCCUAUAGGCAGUUUGGUGUGUUGUAGCCGUAAGAGAAAGUCUGUUGCACCACAUGAAUGCAUAGAAACAGAUGGAACAUUUGAUUAUGACCUGGCCGUUAUUGGAGGCGGGUCUGGAGGCCUCGCAUGUGCAAAGGAGGCUGUGAACCAGGGUGCAAAAGUAGCUGUAUUAGAUUUCGUGACGCCAUCACCACAGGGCACAAAAUGGGGUCUUGGAGGGACUUGUGUGAACGUGGGAUGCAUACCAAAAAAAUUGAUGCACCAGGCAGCAAUACUCGGAGAGAGUAUUCAUGAAGCGGUAUCCUACGGUUGGCAAGUGCCUUCAAUAGACCAGGUGAAAAUAAAUUGGGAGGCGCUCACGCAGGCCGUGCAAAACCACAUCAAGUCUGUCAACUGGGUCACCAGGGUCGACCUUAGGGACAAGAAGAUUGAGUAUAUCAACGGAUUAGGAGAGUUUAAAGACCCACAUACGUUGAUCGCGACGUUGAAGAAUGGCUCGAAGAAGGAGAUCACGGCUAAGAACUUUGUGAUCGCGGUGGGGGGGAGGCCGCACUAUCCGGAGAUACCCGGGGCUCUGGAGUACUGCAUCACCAGUGAUGAUAUUUUCAGCUUGAGCCACCCUCCAGGGAAGACCCUCGUUAUAGGUGCAGGAUACAUUGGUCUAGAAUGCGCUGGUUUCCUGAACUCGCUCGGGUUCCCGGCGACGGUGCUGAUCAGGUCGGUGCCGCUGCGGGGCUUCGACCAGCAGAUGGCGCGGCUGGUCACGGCCGAGAUGGAGGAGAAGGGGGUCAGGAUGGAGCACAAGUGCAUCCCGCUGUCCGUUGAGAAGCUGGAAUCUGGACAGCUCAAGGCGCGCUGGCUGAACACUGAGACUCAGGAGCAAUGCGAAGACGUGUUCGACACGGUGCUGAUCGCCACCGGGCGGUACGCGCUCACCAAACAGAUCAACUUGCCCGCGGCCGGCGUCAACAGCGUGUCUCCCAACGGCAAGAUAAUAGCGGAGACGGAACAGACCAACGUGGCUCACAUCUACGCGGUGGGCGACGUGCUGGAGGCGCGGCCGGAGCUGACGCCGGUCGCCAUCCACGCCGGCCGCCUCCUCGCGCGCCGCUUGUUCGCCGGCGGCGCACAGCACAUGGACUACGACAACGUGGCCACCACUGUGUUCACGCCUUUGGAGUACGGCUGCGUGGGCAUCAGCGAGGAGACCGCCAUUCAGAGACAUGGUGCAGACAACAUCGAAGUAUAUCACGCGUACUACAAGCCCACGGAGUUCUUCAUCCCGCAGCGCAACAUCCGCAACUGCUACCUGAAGGCGGUGGCGCUCCGCGAGGCGCCGCAGCGGAUCCUCGGGCUCCACUUCGUGGGGCCCGUCGCCGGGGAGGUCAUACAGGGCUUCGCUGCCGCCAUCAAAUGCGGCAUCACGAUGGAGCAGCUGGUGAACACGGUGGGCAUCCACCCGACGGUGGCGGAGGAGUUCACGCGCCUCAACAUCACCAAGCGCUCCGGCCGCGACCCCAACCCCGCCUCCUGCUGCAGCUAGGGCUCCGCUACUGGGUUUAUCGAGGUGUAGUCCGUUUCAAGUGUGGACGGAAAAACGGACAAUGACCCCGAUUUUUUUAAUGUACCACUGAGCGAGCAAAGCGGCAAAAACUUGAAACUGUUCAUGCCAUUUUUGAAGAACCCCAUUUUCUGUAGAGUAUCGACAAUCUUUCGUUAAUGUGACCUGGUGACAUUAAGCUCGCCGCUCGUGAGUUGUAUAUUAGAACGAUAAAGUUUAAGAAAUAUAUAAUGAAAUUUGCUUAAUGUGGUGGCAGUAUUUUUGCAUGUAAGCGACACAAAUUGUAGGUCAUUGUCCAUUUUUCCGCGUGACUCAGGAUCGGAGUAUAUUCUGUUAUGUUGAACGUAGAGUAACAAUAAUUUGAGAUGUGAGCUAAUCAUUAUAAAGUAGUCCUCGAAACAGAUAAUGACGUUUUCAUCUAUUUAAUAAAGUAGGCAAAAAUUAUGACCUGAUGACGUCAAAGUGAUUAAAUUUUACCUGUGAAAGUGAUAUUAUUUUUCUUAAAAGUUAAAUAGAAAUAUGUUCAUAGUUUGCAUUUUGCAGGCAUUUUUUCCUUUUUAUUUUAAAGUAUUCUGUACAUUAACAUACAAACAUGCGUUUUAUUUUUAUCAUUAUUCGAACUUUGAUCAUCAGAAACUAUAUUCCUAUUUUUUGUUUAAUUUCGACUCAAGUCAUCAAUUCAACACCAUAAAAUGUUAAUGUUACUCAAGUAUACUAUUUGUAUUAUUAUUUUAUAUCGUCGUUUUAUUGUCUGUUUUAUGUUCGUUGCACGGAACGCGUACACCUGAUAUUUAUUUAUAAAAAAAAUUAAAUAUAGUAACAAUUUCUGGGCACAAAUAAAAUACCUUUUAGAUGUUUUAACUAUUUAAUGAAGGUUUCCAAAUAGCACAAUUUGUUGGAUCGCCUCGAUAAUUUUCUUUAAAUGUUUUCAAUAUGUUCAGAAAUUUCAAUUAGAUUUUCACAUAAAAUAUUUUCAUGUUUGGUGACUCGUUUAAGUAGUGCAUGAUUAUUCAAAUGUAUUUUAUUGUUGUUUCGGAAAUUAUAUACGAUCAAAUUGUAUUUGUUGUUAACACUUGUACGUCGUGUGAAGCCCGCAGUGUCGUCACAACCCAGCGGAGCAGCGCCAGGUGUACAUUCCGGAUGCUCUGAGCAAAAGGACAGUUUUAUUGGUCACCUUGUUUUUAUGUGAUUUUCAACUUAAUAAAGUGAUAUAUUUUUAACGA